CAUUUCAAAUAAAACUUCAGCAAUUGAUAUCUGUGUUUAAGUUUUUUCUCUGUCAGAAAAAUGUUCAUAUAUCUCACAAAAAUCAUGAACAAAUCCAGGUCAGGACAGAGUGCUGCACGAGAGAGCAAUUAAAUUGGAACACAGGACAGAGGUGACAAGGGUAGCUUCAAGACAAGGGAGUUGGUGCUUAUGAUUUAUAGAAGACUAAAGGGUAGAAGAGAUUUCUUACUUUGUGGGAGGGUCAUGGUGUAACAUAGAUGUAGAAUACACAAGUUUUAGUUAUAGAAGAACUAUAACCUAGAUGAAAGAAUGGAAAUAAAUCCUCUAUUCCCUGAUGUACUGCAGGCAGAGGAGAUGGAGAUUAAAAACAGCACUUUGGUAACAGAAUUUAUCCUCCUUGGUCUGACUCAGUCUCGAAAUAUUCAGCUCCUGGUUUUUGUCCUGAUCUUAAUUUUCUAUUUCAUCAUCCUCCCUGGAAACUUCCUCAUCAUCCUCACCAUCAGGUCAGACCCUGGCCUCACGGCUCCACUCUACUUCUUUCUGGGCAACUUGGCCUUCCUGGAUGCAUCCUACUCCUUCAUCGUGGCUCCCAGGAUGCUGGUGGACUUCCUCUCUGAGAAGAAGGUGAUCUCCUACAGAGGCUGCAUCACUCAGCUCUUUUUCUUGCACUUCCUUGGAGGAGGGGAGGGGUUACUCCUGGUAGUGAUGGCCUUGGACCGCUACAUUGCCAUCUGUCGUCCUUUACACUACUCAACUGUCAUGAACCCUAGAGCCUGCUAUGCCUUGCUCGUGGCUCUGUGGCUUGGAGGCUUUGUCCACUCCAUCAUCCAGGUGGCCCUCAUCCUCCACUUGCCCUUCUGUGGUCCAAACCGACUAGACAACUUCUUCUGUGAUGUGCCACAGGUCAUCAAGCUGGCCUGCACUGACACCUUUGUGGUGGAGCUCCUGAUGGUCUUCAACAGUGGCUUGCUCACCCUCAUAUGUUUUCUGGGGCUUCUGGCCUCCUAUGCCGUCAUCCUCUGCCAUGUACGUGGGUCUGCUUCUGAAGGGAAGAGCAAGGCUCUGUCCACAUGCACGACUCACAUCAUCAUCAUACUUCUCAUGUUUGGACCUGCCAUCUUUAUCUACACCCGUCCUUUCAGAGCUUUACCAGCUGACAAGGUGGUUUCUUUUUUCCACACAGUUGUCUUUCCUUUGAUGAACCCUGUGAUUUAUACCCUUCGCAACCAGGAAGUGAAAUCUUCUAUGAGGAGGAUAUUAAGCCGGCAUGUGGUUUGUUGA